UCCUUUGUUUCUUCCUCUCUGAUUCAACCUUUGGAAUUGACUUUACUGUAGGAGACUGAUCCAACUUUCGUUCGUGGUAGGCUUCAGUGUGACAUCGCUUUCCAUCUCCUCCUGUGGUUUCCCCCAAGAAAGGACUAUAUGCUGGUGACCAAUUCUACUUUGGGGCAAGGCUGGAAGACAAAUGAAAGGACUAAAGAUAAGCCAGAAGAGAAAGGUGCCAAAGCGAAGCAUGCACCUGCCAACAAAGGGAUCCAGGCAGAAGGCAAGACUUCCUUGGAAGAAAACAAAAGGGAGAAAAAACUGGACGAACGUAGUGGAGGAUGUGAAAAGGUGAAUGCGGUCAGUCCAGUCGUCUCCAAAGUUGACUCCAACCUCCAUGUCAAGGAGAGGAUGGCCCAGCUGGAAAGAGCCGAAAUGCCUGGACAGACAAAGGGCAGCAAAGUGUGUCCAAAGCAAAAGGAAAGUAGUAUCAAGGUUGUGGUCCAGAAGAGUGGCCUGGCUUCUAGCAAAAGCAGCGCUAAUCCCUCAGGAAGCCAGAAUACGGACACGACCUCCUCUGGCCUGGAAGACCUUUCUCAAAAGCCCAAGGAAAUGGGGAAAAACACCUCCAGGCUCAGCGCGCCCACAAAGGAAGCAGAACCACCGGCCUCAAAGUCUGGCAGUGACGUUGUGCGGACAAGGCUUUCAAUCGAUGUCCAAAUGACCGACGCUCAAAACAAGGCUUCUAAAAGCAAAGAAGGAACGAUCAGCAGCCCUGGAGGCAAGAGUGCGGAGGCACCAGCCGUUGUUCCUUCGCUCCCAGUUGGUGAAGGAGCAAAACAUUUGCCUGAAUCUUGUAAAGCAAAGCAGCUUUCUAAGGGCAGCAGGACUGAACCCACACCAGAACUGAAAGGAAGGAAGCCUUUUGCUAAGCCAGGGGAAAAGCAGGCACCCAAAACUCAGGUCCUACUGUCAGUGCCAUCUCCAAAGACUGAAGAAAAGGCAGAGAGCCAAUGCAAGGCUGUGCCAUGCCCAGCGUCGGUUGCAAAAGACCCAGGGAAGGAUCCAGGAAGCCCAGUGAAAAGCCCCGAGGAAACAACAACAGGAAUGAAAGACUCUGGGAAAGAUGUCAAGCCAGAAAGCAUGGAAUCGAGGAGCCUGGUGUUAAGGAGACGGGAGAGCAGAUCUGGUCAAGGAGCGGAGACACCAUCAGAAAAUGCCUCAUUGCAAGUGGCUGGCAAAGCAGAGGAAGUGGUCAUUGACGACAGCCCUCCUCCUCCGGCUCCCUUCGAGCAUCGCAUUGUGAGCAUCAAGCAAACCGAGUUGACAGCCUCUUAUGCAAUAUGCCAGCAUGAAGUCUUGGGAGGCGGGCGCUUCGGUCAAGUGCACAAGUGCGACGAAAAGUCAACCGGGCUCUGCCUUGCGGCCAAAAUCAUCAAAGUGAAAGUGGCCAAAGAAAGGGAGGAAGUGAAAAAUGAGAUCAAUAUUAUGAAUCAACUGAACCACGUCAAUUUGAUCCAGCUCUACGAUGCUUUUGAGUCCAAGAACAACCUCACCUUAAUCAUGGAGUAUGUGGAUGGCGGUGAGUUGUUUGACCGGAUCAUAGACGAAAACUACAACCUGACUGAGCUGGAUGCGAUCCUCUUUACCAAACAAAUAUGUGAAGGGAUCCACUACCUGCAUCAACAAUAUAUCCUUCAUCUGGACCUGAAGCCUGAGAACAUACUAUGUGUGAGUCACACGGGAAACCAGAUUAAAAUUAUUGAUUUUGGAUUGGCACGGAGGUAUAAACCCCGUGACAAGCUCAAAGUGAACUUUGGCACUCCGGAGUUCCUGGCUCCUGAAGUGGUGAACUAUGACUUUGUCUCAUUCCCGACGGACAUGUGGAGCGUUGGCGUCAUAGCGUAUAUGCUGCUCAGUGGCUUGUCGCCUUUCCUCGGAGAAACAGAUACAGAGACCAUGAAUUACAUUGUCAACUGCAGUUGGGAUUUUGAUGCAGAAGCCUUUGAGCAAGUGUCCGAUGAGGCCAAAGACUUUGUCUCCAGGCUCCUCAUCAAGGAAAAAAGUGGCAGAACAAGUGCAGCCAAGUGCCUCAAGCAUGAGUGGCUGACAGAUCUUCCUGCCAAAGCCAAGAAGUCCAAGGUCCGCUUAAAGUCUCAGCUGCUACUUCAGCGUUACAUGGCUCAGCGCAAAUGGAAGAAACAUUUCUACGUAGUAGCUGCUGCCAACAGGUUGAGAAGGUUCCCCAGCCUGUCUGAGAGUCCAGAGUAACCGGCUGUCAAUCAGCGAAACACGGAAAGACUUGAAGAUUGUAGCGACCAGCUCAACUCCGCACCUACUUGGCCAUUGGAUUUCUUUUCCUAAUGUCCGUUACCUACGUAGCCACAAAGCGUGUUCCAGUUUCAGUCUCCAAGACAAGUAGGAUCCAGUGGUUUGUAGCCGAAGAAAAGUGGUUGCCUUCUUUGACAAGUUUCCACAAGAAGAUAGGAAUGGAAAAGACUUAAAUCUGAAGUCUCUUCUUUCUUCAAUUAGACACACUUUUUGGUGCCUCUAAUGUUAGCCCCGUUUCUGGGUCUGUUUUGACUUGCUGAUUCCAAAAAUGGCAGCAGUUUUCCCCCAUCAGCCAUAUAGCAGUCACUUAUACAGAAUCAUGCUAACCAUAUCUAACAAA